UUAGGGUAAUCUAUGUGAGCAUUUGACACAGGAGAAUGUCGAAGCAGGCAUUUGGAAAGUUCAAAAGAAUAUUCAAGACUUAUGUACUCCCACUCUCUGCUAGUGUUGGGAUUAUUUAUGGAGUUGCCCAGCUUGUAGGAACUCCUUCUCAGAAUUACCGAAAAUUAGAGAUCACUAAAAGUGACCACAGUGAGAUGGACUAUUUCGACAAGGAAGUUUACAGAAUGAUCCAGGAGAUCAGUGUCGAGGGAAAGUCUGGUAUUAAGUAUUGGCAUCAAUUUGCUCAAGACCGGCAAGAUGCUGAGAAACUCAAACGAAAAAGGAUCCAAGAGCUAAUAAAAGAGGGUCGAGGAUCACAAGAGGAAGUGAUAGCAGAACUGGGGAAGAUUGACAACACAAUGAUUCAAGACAGUCUUGUCAUGUUGUCAAAGCCAGAGGACGAGGAUAAACCUGAAGACGAAAAGAAGAAAAAAAGUCACGAUGAAGAAAAGUCAUGACACUGGCGUAUUCUGGAGGAUAUUCCAUUACAACACUACAACGGCACAACGCUACAACACUACAACAGAUAAUAAGUAGCUUCAGUGGCCCAAUCUUGAACAAAUUAACUUAUUGAAUUU